AUGGUUGGAGGUAAAGUAUUUGUUGUUUCCAAUAGAUUACCAGUCACCAUCAAAAGAAAAGAAGAUGGGUCCUAUGAUUACUCCAUGUCAUCAGGAGGACUAGUCACAGCAUUACAGGGCUUGAAAAAAACCACUGAAUUCCAAUGGUUGGGUUGGCCUGGGUUAGAAGUACCAGAAGACGAACAAGACAAGGUCAACCAUGACUUGAUGACCAAGUUCAAUUGCACUGCCAUUUUUCUUUCUGACACUAUAGCUGAUUUGCAUUACAAUGGGUUCAGUAACUCCAUAUUGUGGCCAUUGUUUCAUUACCACCCAGGUGAGAUGAAUUUCGACGAAAAUGCAUGGGCUGCAUAUAUCGAAGCCAACAAGAAAUUUGCCAUUGAGAUUUCGAAGCAAGUGCAAGAUAACGAUAUGGUUUGGGUGCACGAUUACCAUUUGAUGUUGUUGCCGGAAAUGUUGCGACAGGAGAUUGGCCACCUGAAGAAGAAUAUCCGGAUUGGGUUCUUCUUGCAUACGCCAUUUCCGUCAUCGGAAAUAUACCGAAUUUUGCCCGUUAGGAAGGAAAUUCUCGUUGGUGUAUUGAGUUGUGAUUUGAUUGGGUUCCACACUUAUGAUUACGCACGUCAUUUCCUAAGUUCGGUAUCACGAAUCGUGCCCAAUGUCAAAACACUGCCCAAUGGAAUAUUGUACGAGAAUCGGUCGGUUAGCAUCGGUGCUUUCCCCAUUGGUAUAGAUGUCGAUAACUUCACUGAAGGGUUGAAAAAACCCGAAGUUGAACAACGUGUGGCUCAAUUGGAGAAGAAAUUCGAUGGCGUUAAGGUCAUUGUGGGUGUUGAUCGAUUAGAUUACAUAAAGGGGGUACCACAGAAGUUACACGCAUUUGAGAUUUUCCUUCAACAGAAUCCCGAAUGGAUUGGCAAAGUUGUCCUUGUUCAAGUUGCUGUUCCUUCAAGAGGCGAUGUUGAAGAGUAUCAAAGUUUAAGAGCAACGGUCAACGAACUAGUUGGUCGAAUCAAUGGUCAAUUUGGCACAGUUGAAUUUGUGCCUAUUCAUUACAUGCAUAAAUCCAUCCCCUUUAAUGAAUUGCUCUCGUUAUACAAUAUCAGUGAUGUUUGCUUGGUCAGUUCAACUCGAGAUGGAAUGAAUUUAGUCAGUUAUGAAUACAUUGCCUGUCAAGAACAGCGCAAAGGGUCAUUGAUCUUGUCGGAAUUUGCUGGUGCUGCUCAAUGUUUAUCGGGAGCCAUCGUGGUUAACCCGUGGAAUACUGAAGAUUUAAGUGAUGCAAUAAAGGAGAGUUUAACUUUACCGAAUGAGAAGAGGGCUGUUAAUUUUAAAAAAAUGUUUGAGUAUAUUUCAAAAUAUACUUCAGGGUAUUGGGGAGAAUCGUUUGUUAAAGCAUUGUAUAAAUGCAAUGCUGAUGCUUCAUCUAAAAACUGA